UUUAUCCUAUGCUGUUUUACUGUUUUAAAUCACUUUCAAUCUACCGUUUACUUCUUUCUGUUACUAUAUAGUUACUCCAAAAUAAGUAAAUUUCGAAAUAAUUUAUAAAAAUGUACGGAGAACCAGACUUGGUUGAUUUAUUACCGGCAUAUUAUUGUAAUUACAUGAUGCGUUCCAGGCAAAAUCCAAGCAUAUGGAAAACAAUUUGUACCCAUAUAUUUGUUAUAAUUAUUACUAGUUGUAUAUGUAUAGGUAUAUUCUAUUACUAUCAGAAUAUUUAUUUGCAAAACCAUAUUUUUCCGCAAAGUGAACACGAAGAGCUGACAAAAACUGUAGAAUAUGACACUCCCAAACCUAGUAGUCCACCUGCAGAGGCUUUUAUAGAUUUAAAUAAUCAAAUAACUAAGUUAAGGAAAGAUUUUGAUUCUAUAAAAACAUGGAGAUCAGAUAUUAAUGCUGCAAUCACUAAAAUUGAGUGGGAGCAAGAUAUUAAAAUUAGACACGCAGUUACAAAAGAAUUAGAUAUUCACUCAGCUGAUGACGUAGGCUUACUAGAUUAUGCUGCUACUUAUUCUGGCGGGUCGAUUGCAGAAAUAUCACCCGAAACGCGUCCAUAUCCGACCCACAAACCUUUGUCUUUCUUUAAGCUUGUCAACUUGGAUUUAUUAAGUAGCCCUGAUGAAAUUAUUAGACCUUGCAAUUUGCCAGGAAGUUGCUUUGCAUUCUGGGGUAGUACUGGAUCCAUUAAAAUACGACUUGGAAGAUCAAUAGAAGUGGGAUCUGUAACUUUAAGCCAUGCUUCAAGAUUACUGUUGGGUUUACAAGGGGUGUCUAGUGCUCCAAAGCAAUUUGCAGUACAGGGCCAUGUAUCUGACAAGGACAAAUCUGGUACAUAUUUAGGCAGAUUCACUUAUAACUCGAUGGGAAAACAGCAUCAAAUUUUUCAAAUCGAGAAAAGACACACGGACCAUAAAAAAUUUGAAUUGGUCACUCUCACUAUAUUGAGCAACUAUGGGAACGAGGAGUUUACUUGUGUGUAUAGAUUCAGAGUCCACGAAAGAGCAUUAAAGCAAGCUGAUGCUACUCUAACCUCCAAAAAGAAACCUGAAAAAGAGGGCAAAUGCUGUUAACCUAAGAGUAGUUUAUUGUGAAAUUAAGUAAUACAAGUUGGUAAUCCUUUCAGUUAUAUAAGAUUUUCAAAUGAAACUAUUAAUAUUCAAUAAAUGUUUUAUAUAUUUUUUAAUAAAACGUCUAUGAAAGUCUCUCCAACGAGAGAAUACAUGACAGUGGCAUUAGAUGUCUGUCAAUAUAAUUCACAGGGAAAUUUAAUUUUCUGUCAUUUUUUGGGAUGUCGCAUAUCAAAAUUUAUACAGACUACUUAUACUAAUCAAGUACAAUUCAGAAAAUAAAAUAGACGUACCAUAUGAUUGAAAAAGAGGGGCGUCAAGUUCUUUAUAAAUUCUAUAUCAAUAUAAAGAUCAAUACAUACAUUAUACAGGGUG